ACUCGUUGGAAGUGAAGCUGUUGGCUGCCAUUUUGCAAUAUUCAGCAUCUUCAAGUGUUUCUGCAUUUUCACACAAAUGUUAUCAGUGCGACCUCCAGUGGACAGAGUUCUUAACAGCAGUUGCUUUUCUUGAAAACUUGGUGUUCGCUCAGUUUCACACUUUGCGACAAUCAUCCCCACAGGCCGGCUCUGGCCCGCGGGCCGUACGUCUGACACCCCGGUGUGUCAACUAUCCUGCAACGGGAGUCGAGCGGAGGCCGGGCUCUCUCGCUCUCUCUCUCUAUCUCUCUCUCGCCCUCACACACAGGUGGUCGAGUGGCGAGGACGAGAGGGGAGGGGCUGCAUCGCCAUGGCAACCUGCGCAGAAGAAAAGGAGGAGACGGUGACUUCUUCCGACCCGUGAACACCUCGUCGUCCUCGUUGUUGUUUUGGGACUUUUGGACGACUCGCGGUCUUCCUUGCGAUGAGGCCGAGGUCUGGAGCGGCGCCGUACGCAUUCGCCGUGAGCCGUGAGCCGCGUGUGCGGUGAUGCAGGUGAGCGUCCCUUCGGCACGAUGACGACGACGGUUCCUCUCGCGCCGCCCUUCGCCGUGGUGCCCGGCGGCGGCGGCGCCCUCCUCGACAACGGCAGCCUCUCGCGCGGCACCCGGCCCCCGCCGGCGUUCUGCAGCAUCGACGAGUCGUACAAGUACAUCUUCCUGCCCGUCUGCUACUCGUUCACGUUCGUGUUCAGCCUGUCGCUGAACGCGGUGGUCCUGUACCGCUCGUUCCGCCGCACCAAGCGCUGGAACGCUUCCCUCAUCUACAUGGUCAACCUGGCCUCCACCGACUUCAUGUACGGCCUUUCGCUGCCCUUCCUGGUGGCCAGCUACGUCAUGCGCGACCGCUGGGUCUUCGGCGACUUCAUGUGCCGCCUGGUGCGCUUCCUCUUCUACUUCAACCUGUACUGCUCCAUCUUCUUCCUCACUUGCAUCUCGGUGCACCGCUACUUGGGCAUCUGCCACCCCAUGCGGGUCAUCACGCUGGAGAGCAAGAAAGCCGUCAAGUGCGCCUGCGUGCUGGUGUGGGCGGUGGUGUUUGCGCUCACCUGUCCCAUCUUCCGCUUCGCGCAGACGGGACGGGCGUCCGACGGCGGCGGCGCGGACAACUGCUGGGACGACGCCGUCGACCGCGAGUUCUCCGACUACGUGCCGUACGGCGUGAUCCUGCACCUGCUGGGCUUCUUCGUUCCCUUCUCCAUCGUCGCCUGGUGCUACUCGCACGUGGUGCUGACCAUCUUCAAGACUCUGCGUUCGCGGCCUCGCGACGCCAGGGACCGGGCCGGCGUCUCCGUCUUCCCGGGCGCCGACUCGCCGUACGCCGGCCGCCGGCGCAAGUCCAUCCGGACCAUCGUCACCAUCACGCUGCUCUUCGCGCUGUGCUUCUUCCCCUUCCACGUGACCAGGACCGUCUUCCUGCUCCUGAAGGUGAGCAAGGGCGUCCCGUGCCAAACCAUGACCACCGUGUCCAUGUGCUACAAGAUCACGCGGCCCUUGGCGUCGUUCAACGCGUGGCUCAACGCCCUCCUCUACUUCCUCACCAAAGACAAGGGCGGAUGCUGCCCGCCGCCCGGCGCCGGCGGGGCCGCGGGGCCUCUGCUGCCCCUGAGGAUGGUGGCGAAACGAGAGGACCACGGACGCCGGCACGCCAAAAGUCCCCUAUUUACCUGACGGAAACGACGAUGCAAAAAGACUUUCUCUUUUUUGAAACCAUGAAAACAGACUUGAUUUGAAUUAGAAAUAGAUCUUCUACGAAUCGAGAAAGAACGUCUCGCUGAUACUAUUGAUGUUGAGUGAUAACACGUCAAUCAUUCAUGAAAAUGGACAGUGAAUGCCGCGUAUUGGCAAAUUCUCCCAAGUAAGGACCUUUAGGGAUCCACUCCAACUUUAUUUGUUAAGCACAGUGCACCAAACAGCAAAAAGUAACAGUGAGAUGAAGAAAUUCACAUGAAACACAAAGGGAGGUAAAUCAAUAACGGAAAAGAGACUGACCGUCAUUAAAGGAGUGAUAAAAUCAAUAGGAAUUUGUAAAGGAAAUAGAGAAGUCAGCACCAGGUGUCACAGGCCAACAAGGAGUGAUUUAAAAACAGGCGAAGAGGCUCGAGGACUGGGGGGGGUGCCGUGUAUGGCUUUGCUGCCAAGGGUCUAUGUUGAAAUGCAUUGACAUUGACAUUGCGGCAUGGCAUUUUCGAAUGAUUUGCUGCCAACUUGUGACCGGUCAUGCGGCAGGGCUCAGCCCUGAUCUCCAGCACAGGUGCGAUUCGGGUUGGUGACGUCACUACUUGGCGACUGUUUCUGGCGGCCUCUAGUGGAAGAGCGGCGGAAUGACGAGAAGAAAGCACAUCGUCUUCGCUUUUAAUACAAAUCAUUUGAAUCAUAAUAAAGGACAAACUGAA